CAGCUGCGCACACGCACACAAACAGCGCGCGACUAAACCCGAGUUUAAACAGUAACGGAAAAUCGGCUGGGAUUAUCACAAAGUAGUUAUUUUUCGUGAAGCGGUUUGUCGUUAAACACGUUCAGCUCGAGCAGCCGACAUUUUGGUGACUGUUUGGUGUUUUUUUGUUUUUGGUGACUCAAAACUAAAACAAACCCCGAGCCUUCUGUGAGGAUUCUAAGUAGAGAAAGGAGAGAGAAAGGUUGCGCAGUUUUAAGUGUAUGUUGCGUUGUCUUGUUGCGUUGUUAUUGACGUUAAAUGAAUCCGCGUUCAAAUAACCCGAAAUGUCAUGUCGUUAGCUUGCUAGCUCGAGCUGCUGUUGGCUCAGAGAGCGCGCGCCCGCGGGGGGUAUUUACAUAAACGCGUCUCAACUGAGUUCAACACGCCGCUCAUAUACAUAUUAAACUAUAGUUAAGCCCGGGUACGAACGGAGAAAUUAUUAUUAUUAUUAUUAUUUUUAUUUAUUAUUAACCCGGAGGAAUACGAGGCGGUGUGUCCGUGUGAACGCGUCCCGUCCGGGCUGAUGUUUGAUCCGAGUUCAGAUGAAGAUGUGGAUCCUGAACCGGAGCAGGCGGAGGAGCUCGCGGGAUUCCUCAGCAAGUGGACCAACUAUAUCCAUGGAUGGCAGGACCGCUGGGUCGUAUUGAAGAACACCACGUUGAGCUACUAUAAGGCUGAGCACGAGCGGGCGUAUGGCUGCAGAGGAUCGCUGUGUCUCAGCAAAGCUGUCAUCAAGCCGCAUGAAUUUGAUGAAUGUCGCUUUGACAUUAGUGUAAAUGACAGCAUUUGGUACUUGCGGGCUGAAGAUCCUGAUCUCCGGAGCCAGUGGAUUGACACCAUUAAAUUUCACAAGGCUGAAUCAGGCUAUGGUUCAGAAACCAGUCUACCCCACCAUGGAUCCAUGCUUUCCCUCACUUCUGCCACCAGCGGCCUUUCAACCACCUCUACUUCCUCCUUUAGGAAAGGCAACAGUCUCAGAGAGAAACUAGCAGAGAUGGAGACAUUCCGGGACAUUCUGUGCAGACAAGUGGACACACUGCAGCACUACUUUGACAGCUGUGCAAGUGCAGAUUACAGAGAUGAGUUCUUCAGUGACAGAGUAAUUGAGGAUGAUGAAGAUGAUUUUCCCACCUUACGGCCGGAUGGCGAUUACCUUCUCAACAGCAACAGCAGUAAAGAGAAGUUAUACUCGACCAGCUCCAGUGGGCCGAUUGGAAUUGAUUUCAAAGGUGAAGCCAUCACUUUUAAAGCCACCACAGAAGGCAUACUCUCUACAAUGUCCCACUGCAUCGAGAUCAUGGUCAAGCGUGAGGAGACCUGGCAGAAACGACUGGACAAAGAAAUGGAACAAAGGAGGAAAAUAGAAGAGUCCUAUACUUCAGCCAUAACAGAACUAAAGAAGAAACCUCACUAUGGAGGACCAGACUAUGAAGAGGGGCCAAACAGUCUUAUCAAUGAAGAUGAAUUCUUUGAUGCUGUGGAAGCAGCAUUGGAUAAGCAAGACAAGAUUGAGGAACAGACAGAGAAGUGCAGGAGCUCUUGGCCAGUUACACUCAGCUCCACAAAUAAUGCUCACAAAUACUCCAACAAGCCUCUUAGUCAUGCCUCCUCAGUGUCAUCUCUCGACUUAGUCAGUGCUUCUGAUGAUGUGCACAGACUCAGUGCUCAGGUGGAGGAAAUAAUACACAGUCACAUGACCCACUCCUUACAAGAUGUAGGUGGAGAUGCUAAUUGGCAACUUAUUACUGAAGAGGGCGAGCUAAAGGUGUACAGGAGAGAGGUGGAGGAGAACGGUGUCGUGUUGGACCCUCUUAAAGCCACAAAUGCUGUUAAAGGGGUUACUGGCCACGAGGUCUGUCAUUACUUCUGGGACACAGCCUUCCGGAAUGACUGGGAAACAACUGUCGAAAACUUUAGUGUGGUAGAGAAAUUAUCGGACAACGCAGUCAUUAUUUACCAGACGCAUAAGAGGGUGUGGCCUGCCUCACAAAGGGACAUCCUUUAUCUGUCAGUGAUUCGUAAAAUCCUGGCCACCAAUGAGAAUGAACCAGAUACAUGGAUUGUGUGCAAUUUCUCUGUGGAUCAUGACAGAUACCCACCCACAAGCAGAUGUAUCCGUGCCAAAAUCAAUGUGGCCAUGAUCUGCCAGACGCUUGUCAGUCCACCAGAGGGCAACAAAGAGAUCAGCAGAGAUGAUAUCCUCUGUAAAAUAACUUAUGUAGCCAAUGUGAACCCAGGUGGAUGGGCACCAGCGUCAGUCUUGCGUGCGGUCGCCAGACGAGAAUAUCCAAAAUUUUUAAGGCGCUUCAGUUCCUACGUUCAAGAUAAGACCAGCAACAAACCAAUCCUCCUUUAAAAAAGGUUGCCUGUUCUGUGAGAAUCGACCAGCCUCCCUUAAAGACAUCCCUAAGAGGCCUUAUCCAUCCCAACACACUAUAAAUUCCAAGCAGUACAAGAGCUUCAGAGAACUAAAGAACAAUUACUCAAAUAUUUUAUCCACCGGUCAAGUGGACUACAGUGUCCUGGAUCAGGAAUAUCAAUGUUCUUAUUCAGGGUUCCAGAAGAUCACAAGGUAUUCAUUUUACAUAAUACUUACAUGUACAGUGCAAGCUUUGUUUGUGCUUAGGGGAUGGGUACUGGUUGUUUUUGUCUGCUUUGCCUUUUAUAAGAGUUUAAGUGUUUACUUAUGGCUUUGUAAAAAAAAAAAAAAGAAAGAAAAACGUAUUCAUAUUUCUUGCACAUUAUCGUUUGACUUAUGUUUAUUAAAAUUAAAACACUAUAAACUUGAAUACCUUUUACGAAAAGCUAACAGGUUUCUUUUGGUGCAGUGUAGCCUUUUUUCUGCCUUUUUUUGAUCAAUAGAGAAUGUGAAGAGCUUUAAAUUAAAACUUAUUUUAGUGCUGUAUGCUUUAAUUUUAUGUAUAUUAUUUUGUGUAUAUGUAUGUGACAGAGGUUAAAGUAUGCAAAAGUUGAAGGAAAAAAUAGCGCUAUGAUGAAUUGAGUUGCCACAUUCAGACACUGUCAACUCUUUAGAGAAGAUUAAGCUCUACUUUUCUGUUUUUGUUUUGUAAAACAUUUCACAAAAUAAUGCAGAACUACCUUUGUUUGAGCAUUGGUUUUGGAUAUGUGCUUAUGUUAGACAAAAGACAUAAGUGUAUUUACCAGCUAUUUACUUAUAAUGGAAGAAAACCAUUUUAUUUGACCUGCAUAAAAUGAGUCAUAUUUAUGUAUAUCCUUAUUUGACAGAAUAACGUGAAGCAUAUACACAAAGUGUUUUAGUUGUUGUUAUUAUUAUUAUUGUUGUUGUAGCCCUUGGUUGACCUUAUUUUAGGGCUUCAUUUUGUUUAACACAAAAAUUUGUGUUGAUGUUAAUAUUUGCACUAAUUAUAAAAGCGUUGCUUUACAAUCAGUUUACACGUGUUGCCAAAUGCGAAUCAUAUGUAUGAAUGAUUUUAUAGAGAGUGGGAUGUAUGAAAAAUAAUACAGAUUAUUAUAAUGCUUGUUAAUAGUAACACUGAGAGUUUCACUAAGAAAUUUAUUUGUAAAUAUGUAAUAAGCAAAUGUAUCAGUCAUAUGUUAAUUGCACUCUGAAAAGAUUUAUGCAUAUGAUUAUGUGAAUAAACAGUUU